UGUUUCAGCAAGUUGAUCGGAGCAAGAGACUACACAAGCGAAGGUGCUAGGGACCUCCAAGGGCACGGUACUCACACAGCGUCCACAGCAGCUGGAAACGCAGUUGAGAACACUAGUUUCUAUGGAAUCGGUAAUGGAACGGCUAGAGGCGGUGUUCCAGCCUCUAGAAUCGCAGCUUACAAAGUCUGUUCCGAGAGGAAUUGUACCUCGGAAUCUAUACUAUCAGCGUUCGAUGAUGCGAUAGCAGACGGUGUUGACCUCAUCAGCAUCUCUAUCGCCCCAGGCUAUCCCCACAAGUACGAAAAGGACGCAAUUGCGAUUGGGGCUUUUCACGCUAAUGUCAAAGGGAUUCUUACUGUGAACUCAGCCGGUAAUUCGGGUCCGUUUCCUGCCACAAUUGAGAGCGUAGCACCGUGGAUGUUAACUGUUGCAGCCAGCACCACGAACCGUGGAUUUUUCACCAAAGUUGUUUUGGGAAACGGCAAGACACUUGUCGUAAGUAUUCAAGUAACACUCUUAUUUCUUGUCAUCAUUGUAGCUCUGUCCUUUAAAAUAUCCUUUUGUCUUGACAGGGGAGAUCAGUGAAUGCUUUUGAUCUGAAAGGAAAGAAGUAUCCUCUUGUCUACGGAGCUAAUUUCAACGAAUCUCUUGUGCAAGGAAAGAUCUUGGUUUCCACAUUCCCAACUAGUUCAGAAGUAGCUGUUGGAUCCAUACUUAGAGACGGCUACCAAUACUAUG